AUGAUUAUUAGUUCUUGGAACAUUAGAGGUUUAGAUGGUGCUGGAAAAUUAAGUAUGGUAAAGAAUUUUAAAAAUAAGUCUCGCUUGGAUAUGUUGGGACUGAUAGAGACAAAAAAAGAGUUGGUAACCAAAUUUGACGUUAUGCGCAUCUGGGGCAGAGAUGGAGCUGGGUGGGAGUAUGUAAGUUCAGUUGGGGCCUCCAGAGGAUUAUUGCUCAUAUGGGACGAAACAGUGUUCAAAUUGAUUAAUUGCUAUAAAGGAGAUAGAUGGAUGUGUGUAGAAGGGGUUGUGAUAAAAGAUCAAUUUCAGUGUGCAGUUUGUCUGGUGUAUGGAGCACAUGUGAGAGCUGAGAAGCGAGUAGUAUGGGAAGAAUUGAGUUAUAUUGCAGGGUUGUGCCAGGUACCGGUUUGUUUUCUGGGUGACUUUAAUGAAGCCAUGCACUUGGAAGAAAGGAAAGAAGCUACUACAUUAUCAGCGUCCGCGGAGGAUUUUAGAGAUUGGAUAAAUGAUAUGGAGCUGGUUGACUUGUCGUUAAAUGAUCGAAGGUAUACAUGGUUUAGGGGGAGCUCAUGCAGUCGAAUCGAUAGGAGCCUAGUCACCUUGGGAUGGUUAGAGAUGUACCCGGGGACAAGAUUAAGGGGUGGUCCAAGAGGUUUAUCAGAUCACUGCCCAUUAAUUAUGGAAGAGAGCAGAAAGUUUGAUGGCCCACGACCUUUUCGGAGUUUGGACUCGUGGUUUACGCAUGAAGGGUUUCUACGAAUGGUGAAGGAAGAGUGGAGGGAGUUAGGUGAUAGACAGUUCCUAGACAAGAUGAAAGUGCUGUCUAUUCCGGUUCAGAGAUGGCAUAAGCAGCAUUUUGGGAAUAUAGCUGAGAAGAUAAGGAAGUUUGAAGAAGAGAUCAAGAAGGUGGACGAUAUGGUGAGUAGUGGUAUGCAUGAUGGAACGUUGGAGUUAAGGAGAAGGGCGCUAGUGAGAUGCUGUGAGAAGUGA